AUGGCUUUGGGGGGACACUGCUCCUUUUGCUGGUGGGUUUGGGGAUUCACUCUGGUAUAUCUCUUCCAGCCUUGCAACAGUCAGCAUGAUCGAGGAAUUUCCAUCCCUGAGCAUGGCUUCUGCCAGCCCAUUUCCAUCCCCCUGUGCACUGACAUUGCCUACAACCAGACCAUCAUGCCCAACCUGCUGGGGCACACCACCCAGGAGGACGCCGGGCUCGAGGUGCACCAAUUUUAUCCUCUGGUCAAAGUCCAAUGCUCCUUGGACCUUAAGUUCUUCCUGUGCUCCAUGUACGCGCCGGUCUGCACCGUUCUAGACCAGGCAAUCCCUCCCUGCAGGUCUCUGUGUGAGCGGGCUCGGCAGGGCUGCGAGGCACUCAUGAACAAAUUUGGAUUCCAGUGGCCCGAGAGACUGCGCUGUGAGAACUUUCCCAUUCAUGGGGCAGGAGAGAUCUGCGUCGGUCAAAACACCACCGAAACUGAGGGCCCCACCUCCGACCCCACCCCAAGUCUUUCUGAGCUUGUGACCUUUCCUCCAUACAUUUGGGGCAACCAGCCUUUCUUCUGCCCCCUGCAGCUCCAGGUGCCCUCCUACCUGAAUUAUCACUUCCUCGGAGUGAAGGACUGUGGCUCCCCCUGUGAGCCCUCCAAACCCAAUGGGUUGAUGUAUUUCCAAGAGGAUGAGCUAAAGUUUGGGCGGCUCUGGGUUGGAACCUGGUCUAUUCUGUGUUGUGUCAGCACCCUUUUCACUGUCCUCACCUAUCUGGUGGACAUGAAGCGGUUCCGAUACCCAGAGAAACCAAUCAUCUUCCUGUCAGGCUGCUAUUUCAUGGUGGCGGUGGCGUACAGUGCUGGCUUCCUGCUGGAGGACCAAGUAGUGUGUGUGGAUAGGUUUAAAGAGGAUGGCUACAAGCUCGUGGCUCAAGGCACCAAGAAGGAGGGUUGCACCAUCCUGUUCAUGAUCCUCUACUUCUUCAGCAUGGCAAGCUCUGUGUGGUGGGUGGUCCUUUCUCUCACUUGGUUCCUGUCUGCUGGGAUGAAAUGGGGUCACGAAGCUAUCGAAGCGAACUCGCAGUACUUCCACCUGGCAGCCUGGGCGGUGCCAGCGGUGAAGACCAUCACCAUCCUGGCUACGGGACAGGUGGACGGUGACCUGCUCACUGGUGUCUGCUACGUGGGGAUCUACAACGUGGAUGCACUGCGUGGUUUUGUGCUGGCACCUCUGUUUGUCUACCUCUUCAUCGGAACUUCUUUCCUGCUGGCUGGCUUUGUAUCACUCUUCCGUAUCCGCACCAUCAUGAAGCACGACGGCACAAAGACCGAGAAGCUCGAAAAGUUGAUGGUGCGAAUUGGUGUGUUUAGCGUUCUGUACACAGUGCCUGCCACCAUUGUCAUCGCCUGCCAUUUCUAUGAGCAGGCCUUCAGAUCGCAGUGGGAGGUAACCUGGCACAUGCAGACCUGCAAGCACUUUGCUGUGCCAUGCCCAGCAUCAAACUUUGCAUCAAACACGCCAGACUUCACCGUCUUUAUGAUCAAGUACUUGAUGACCCUUAUUGUGGGCAUAACAUCAGGGUUCUGGAUCUGGUCAGGGAAAACUCUACAGUCGUGGCGUCGUUUUUAUCAAAGACUGAUCAAUAGCAGCCAGGGAGAAACCACCGUGUAGUACUGAAGAAAUUAAAAACCUCUAACAGCCUGAGGUUGAUGGACUACUUGAGGUAAAGGAGACACUAGUUUAGUGCUCAGUGGAUCUUCAAGUCUUUUGGAUCUCAGUGUACAUACAUGUAAGAAACUGUGUCAUAAAAUAGAAAAAAACCUCCUGAAAAUCUGACAUCCACUUACAUCUUUUUAACUUUUCAGACUCAAACUGGAUUAUCAGCCUCUGGUCUGCCAUGGAUCUGGAAGUUUCCUGUUCUCUCUCUCUUUUUUUUAAAUAGAAGAAGUAAACAAGAAGCAAAAAACAAAACAAAACAAAACACCACUUUGAUCUGUGGAUAAACCUGAUUCAUUUGUCCAAAUCUUAAGAUGUUUUGUCCUCCCAAAAGAUCCAAAAGCCUUAAAUUCAUAUUAAAUAUUUCAUUUUUGUUCAAAAAUACUGGCAACAAUUUCCUCCAAAUUUCCCUGUAACUGAUUUCAUGAUUAAUAUAUUCAUUAAUUAGUUAUGGAUGGUUUAGUCUAUAAACAAUUGCUUUGUCUUGUUUGGUUUGCUGGUGGUUGAUCUGGACCUUCAUUUCAUUGCAUAUGUCGUUACAAGUAAAAGUCUUGCAUUCAAAACCCUCCUUAGAUAAAAGUCAAGGAUGGACUCCAACUGUUCUACAUCAAUGAUGAUGUGGUUGUUUUUUUUGUUAUUGUUGUUUUUUUUUUAAAAUAUGCUAUUUAUUUCUCUAUUUUGUUCAAAGAAAGCUUUACUAUAUUAACAUUGUAGAAACAUGAACUAGGUUGGCGGAAUAACAACAAAAUUACAAAUGAGAGUGGUAAAAUUCAUAGAAAUUUAAACUCAGUCCAAUUAUAAACUGAGCAGUUAUAAGAACAGCAGAAUAAACGUAAAAUAUUUUUUUGUUGUUGUCAUUUUGAUUUUUCUUUCUGUAACAGUGGUGUCAUGUGAUGUCGCCUUCUCUAAAACACAAACUCUCUCCCUGU